GGCCGCGGCAGCCCGGCAUCGGCAGCGGUAGCGGGGCGGCGGCGGCGUCCCCGGAGCGGCGCGGACCAUGCUGCUGGACGCCGGCCCGCAGUUCCCGGCCCUCGGCGUGGGCACCUUCGCCCGACACCACCACUCGGCCGCGGCGGAGAUGCAGGACCGGGAGCUGAGCCUGGCGGCGCAGAACAGCUUCGUGGAUUCGGCGGCGGCGCACAUGGGCGCCUUCAAGCUCAACGCCGGCGCCCACGACCUCUCCCCGGGGCAGAGCUCGGCUUUCACCUCGCAGGCGCCCGGCUACCCCGCCGCCGCCCUGGGCCCCCACGCUGCACACGUCGGCUCCUACUCCGGAGCGCCCUUCAACUCCACCCGGGACUUCUUGUUUCGCAGCCGCGGCUUCGGGGAUUCGUCGCCGGCCGGCGGGCAGCACGGCAUCUUCGGCCCUGCGGCCGGCAGCCUGCACCACCCGCACACGGACGCUCAGAGCCACCUUCUCUUCCCGGGCAUCCACGAUCAGCAUGGCCCCCACGCUUCCCAAAACGUCCUCAACGGGCAGAUGCGCCUGGGUUUGCCGGGGGAAGUGUUCGCCCGGUCGGAUCAGUACCGCCAGGUCUCCAGCCCCAGGACUGACCCAUACUCGGCGGCUCAGCUGCACAACCAGUACGGCCCCAUGAAUAUGAAUAUGGGCAUGAACAUGGCAGCCCACCACCAUCACCAUCCAGGUGCCUUUUUCCGCUACAUGCGGCAGCAGUGCAUCAAGCAAGAGCUCAUCUGCAAGUGGAUCGACCCCGAGCAGCUGAACAACCCCAAAAAAAGUUGCAAUAAAACUUUCAGCACCAUGCACGAGUUGGUCACCCACGUCUCGGUGGAGCACGUUGGGGGACCCGAGCAGAGCAACCACGUCUGCUACUGGGAGGAGUGUCCCCGGGAAGGCAAACCCUUCAAAGCCAAAUACAAACUGGUCAAUCAUAUCCGAGUGCACACGGGAGAGAAACCCUUCCCCUGCCCCUUCCCCGGCUGCGGAAAAGUUUUCGCCAGAUCAGAAAACCUCAAAAUUCACAAAAGGACGCACACAGGGGAGAAGCCCUUCCAGUGCGAGUUCGAAGGCUGCGACCGGCGCUUCGCCAACAGCAGCGACCGCAAGAAGCACAUGCACGUCCACACCUCGGACAAGCCCUACCUGUGCAAGAUGUGCGACAAGUCCUACACUCACCCCAGCUCCCUGCGGAAGCACAUGAAGGUGCACGAGUCGUCCCCGCAAGGCUCCGAGUCCUCCCCGGCCGCCAGCUCCGGCUACGAGUCCUCCACCCCCCCGGGGCUGGUGUCCCCUAGCGCCGAGUCGCAGAGCACUAGCAACCUCUCCCCGGCGGCGGCGGCGGCGGCGGCGGCAGCAGCGGCGGCGGCGGCGGCAGUGUCUGCCGUGCACCGGGGCGGCAGCGGCAGCGGUGGCAGCGGCGGCGGCGGUGGCGGCGGCCACAGCGGCCUAUCCUCCAACUUCAACGAGUGGUACGUGUAAGGCCCCGCCGGACUGCUCUGCACGGCCCCGCCGCGCCCCCGCCUCCCGGCCCCAGCGGCGGCGGCAGAGGGUAGGACGGAGAGAGCCCGCUGGAGACGUGCUGGGAAACGCCGCCGCACCCACUGGCAGCGAAAUGAGGGCCGAGCAGGAUGGGGACGGGGGUCCUUAUCUCUCCACACCCCUCCCGCCUUCGCGCCUUUUUUCUGGUUUUUGUUGUUGGAUUUUUUUCCCUGAAUUUCUUUUUGAGAACAUUUUGAACCAGCAAAAAAAAAUUUACUCUAAACCUAUGUCCUAAGAAACGCAAGAAAAUGAGUAAAUACAUAGAAGAACGGAAAGGGAAGAGAAAGACAGAGGGGGGAAAACCCAACCCCAAAAGCUACCAACCACAGCACCCAGCAAAAAGCUUCUCCAGCCGGCGGAAAGCAACUCUCCCUCCGGAGCCUCCAGACAAAAGAUCAGAGACUUAACUGCCCCGGCCCCUGCGCCUCCCCACCCGGAGCAGCCAACGCCCUCCCACCCCACCAACUGUGUACAUAGCGGCCCUCUCCUUCCUCCGGCUAGGGGGGAACGAAGUUUUCCUGGAUUCCUGGUGUAUAGAAGUUCGUCCCGUUUGUAAACCGCGGAUUGGUCCCUUUCUUCUUCUUUUUUUUUCUUCCUUUUUUUUCCCCUCUCUUCCUCCCUCCCCAAAAAAGUGAUGGACUUGUUUUUUUUCCUACCACUCCCCUUCCCCAUCUCCCUCUCUCCUCCUUUUUUAGUUCCCCUCUUGGAAAAAAAAAAAAAAAAAGGAAAAAAAAGUAACGUGGAAGAAAAAAUGGUUUCUUUUUGUAAUCGUGAUAUCUUAAAUAUUGUGUUCCUUUUUAAGAGGCAACUUGAUUGUACGCUGCAUUUCGACUAUAGACUGGGGAAGAAAUACCGUGCCAAAGUCUCCAUUCUGUUACUCACAGACACACACACGAACAACAACGCUUGUGAAUGUAUUUUUCUGUUAGCUGGGUUUACAUGUGAUGUUUUAGUGCUUUUGCAAGUUCAAUUUGUUAGUUACUGUUCGGAAGAUUGUGAGGAAAAAAUAAACGUUGUGCCGUUAGCUUUUCUGUAAUAACACCCUUCCUCCUGUAAAUACCUGUUACCAUAUUUAUCCAUUUGUAAUUAAAUUAUGGUAUUAACUUGCUACAGAGGAAACAGUAUUUAUAAAGAAUGUUUCUUAACUAUAAAUAUGUACAAUUGUGAGCAUAAACUGUUUCAGAUUUUUUAUUUGAAGGUUUAAGUGGUUUCAUCAUUUCUUGUGAUAUGUUUUGAGAGUAAUGCAUACAGAAAUAUAAUAAAACGUGUUGAAACUGCA